AUGGAAGGAGUGGGGCAACCUGCAAGCACCGGAGAUAGCGGCAAGGAGUCGGAGCGACAGCUGAGGCUGCGGGUGUGUGUAUUGAAUGAGACCCUCAGUACCGAGAGGGACUAUGUGGGGACCCUGCACUUCCUACAGUCUGCUUUCUUGCACAGAAUUCGGCAGAAUGCCAUUGACAAGGCCGAGAACUGUAUCUCCGAGGAAAAUGUUAAGAUUCUGUUCUCCAAUAUCGAAGACAUCCUGGAGGUCCACAAGGAAUUCUUGGAAGCCCUGGAGAGCAGUCUGCAGCCAGAACCUCAAACGCACCAUGAGCUUGGACACGUUUUCUUGAAAUUUAAAGACCGUUUCUGCGUCUAUGAAGAAUAUUGCAGCAAUCACGAGAAAGCGUUGCGGCUCCUCAUGGAACUGAACAAGAUCCCAAACGUUCGAGCGUUUCUACUGAGCUGCAUGUUGCUGGGGGGCAGGAAGACCACUGACAUUCCACUAGAAGGAUAUUUGCUGACCCCAAUUCAGAGAAUCUGCAAGUAUCCCCUUCUUCUCAAGGAGCUGGCAAAAAGAACUCCAACAAAACACCCAGAUCACCAAGCAGUACAUAGUGCACUGCAAGCCAUGAAGACUGUCUGUACCAACAUCAAUGAAACCAAGAGGCAGAUGGAGAAGCUCGAGGCCCUGGAACAGUUACAGUCUCACAUAGAAGGAUGGGAGGGAUCAAAUCUGACAGAUAUUUGCACGCAGCUCCUGCUUCAGGGCACCCUGUUAAAAAUAUCGGCUGGAAAUAUCCAAGAAAGGAUGUUUUUUCUGUUUGACAAUCUGCUUGUCUACUGCAAGCGAAAGUCUAGAGUCGCUGGCAAGAAGUCAACAAAAAGGACCAAGUCGAUCAAUGGAUCCUUGUACAUAUUCCGUGGCAGGAUCAAUACCGAAGUUAUGGAGGUUGAGAAUGUGGAGGACGGAACAGCGGACUAUCACAGUAAUGGCUACACCGUCACCAACGGAUGGAAAAUCCACAACACGGCGAAAAACAAGUGGUUCGUCUGCAUGGCCAAAACAGCCGAAGAGAAGCAGAAGUGGAUGGACGCAGUUCUGAAAGAGAGAGAGCAGAGAGAAAGUCUGAAACUCGGGAUGGAGAGAGAUGCCUAUGUGAUGAUCGCAGAAAAAGGGGAGAAACUUUAUCACAUGGUGAGCAAGAAAUCCAGCCUUAUCAAAGACCGGAGGAGAAAGUUCAGCACCAUUCCCAAAUGCUUUCACGGCAACGAGCUUGUAUCCUGGCUGAUGGAGAAUGGAGAGAUCAGCAAAGCAGAAGAAGGGGUCAAUCUGGGCCAAGCACUGUUGGAGAAUGGGAUCAUCCAUCAUGUUUCAGACAAACACCAGUUUAAGAACGAGCAAGUUCUCUACCGUUUCCGAUAUGAUGACGGCACAUACAAAGCAAGGAGCGAACUGGAGGACAUCAUGUCAAAGGGCGUGAGGCUCUACUGCCGGCUGCACAGCCUUUUCACCCCCGUUGUAAAAGAUCGCGAUUACCACUUGAAAACAUACAAAUCUGUUAUUCCAGCCAGCAAGCUUGUGGAUUGGUUGAUAUCACAGGGCGACUGUCAAACCCGAGAAGAGGCGGUGGCAUUAGGCGUUGGGCUCUGCAAUAAUGGCUUCAUGCAUCACGUGUUGGAGAAAAGCGAAUUUAAAGACGAGUCACAGUUCUUUAGAUUUUAUGCCGACGAGGAGAUGGAAGGAACCAGCUCUAAAAACAAACAGCUCCGUAAUGACUUCAAACUCAUUGAAAAUAUCCUGGCAAAGACCCUCUUGAUUUUACCCCAAGAAGAAGAUUAUGGGUUUGACCUGGAGGACAAAAACAAGGCGAUUGUGGUGAAAUCAGUCCGGAAAGGGUCCUACGCUGAGAUGGCUGGGCUGCAGGUCGGGCGGAAGAUCUACUCCAUCAAUGAAGACUUGGUUUUCCUGCGUCCCUUUUCCGAGGUGGAGACCAUGUUAAACCAGUCGUUUUGCUCUCGGAGGCCCAUUCGCAUCCUGGUGGCCACCAAGCAGAAAGAAAUCAUAAAGAUCCCAGAUUCCCCCCAGUCGCUUUGCUUCCAGAUCAGAGGAGCGGCUCCCCCUUAUGUCCAUGCUGUUGGAAGAGGUUCCCAGGCGGCUGCCGUCGGUCUUCACUCAGGACAGUGCGUUUUGAAAGUGAAUGGGAAUAAUGUGAUGCAUGACAGCUACGUGGAAGUUCUAGAUCACUUUACAGCAUUUCGAAGCAACCCACAAAACUCACUGGGACUGUUCCAGUGGAUCUAUAGAACGCAUGAAGAUGCAGAGGAGGAUAGAGCUCAGAAAGCCACAUCAGACGAAUCUCUGAAUGGCAACCUCGGUGAAAGCCUUGAAUCUAGCCUAUCCAUUGAGCGAUGGGAGGGCACGCAUGAUAACCAACCAGGUGGGAUCCAGAAUGCAUCGUCUUCACCCAGUGAGGAUGUUCCACUCAUUAAUCUGACGGUGGAGAAUGUUCAGCUGGAGCAUGGGGUGGUGUAUGAGUAUGUGAGCACAGCCGGCAUCAAGAGCUACAUCCUGGAGAAAAUCGUGGAGCCUCGCGGGUUAUUCUGUAUCACAGCAAAGAUCCUUCAAGCCUUCGUUGCGGAUGAUAACCAAUUCGUGAAGAAUUGCAUGAGGCUCAUCUCCAUGAGUAAGACGGUAAUGACCAUGCCGCAGUACGAGUUUCGCCACAUCUGCGACACCAAGCUGGAGAACAUCAUCAGAAGGAUCUCAAGCUACGAAGAGUUUGCAGAUGAGCUCAAGAAGAAGGUUAGUCCGUCUUUUAAACAAGCUACGACGGAGCAGCACCCACUACAGAGCAUGGAUUUCUGUCCCACCAACUGCCACAUUAACCUCAUGGAAGUCUCAUAUCCCAAGACGACUACCUCAGUGGGAAGGUCCUUCAGCAUUCGAUUUGGGAGGAAAAACUCAUUUUUUGGUUUAGACCCAGACCAAGUCGGCAACUUGAACCCUAUGUCUUAUUCACAACACUGUAUAGCUAGCAUGGCAGCCCCCGCCUGGAAGUGUCCCAAACCAGAAGAUUCAGAGAUGAUCAACGGAGGCUUCCCCCAUAUGAAUGGCGGUGUGAGGCAGGAAGAGCGAGGCCUGAGCUUCCUCCUCAAGCAAGAGGACACAGAGAUACAGGACGCUUACCUGCAGCUCUUCAACAAGCUGGAUGUGGCGGUGAAGGAGAUGAAGCAGUAUGUCAUGCAGAUCAACAAACUGCUGUCCACUAUAACAGAACCCCUGGAACAUGACCUGUGUGAGACGCUCCCAGCAGAGGGGACCCCUCCUUCUUCCCUUAUGCACGAGGAGGGAGAUUUGGAUAAAGCAGAGCAAGGUGGGACAAAGAAGGUUUGUUUCAAGGUCUUAGAGGAAGAUCAGGAAGACUCUGGCCAUGAUACUGUGAGCUACAGAGACUCCUACAGUGAAUGCAACAGCAAUCGAGACUCGGUCCUGUCCUACACCAGCGUUCGCAGUAACAGCUCUUAUCUGGGAAGUGAUGAGAUGGGAUCAGGGGAUGAGCUGCCCUGUGACAUGAGGAUUCCAUCAGACAAGCAGGACAAAUUACAUGGCUGUCUGGAACAUCUCUUUAAUCAGGUGGAUGCCAUUAUCACUCUGCUCAAAGGAAAAGUCAUGGCAAAGGCCUUCGAGGAGACAAAGCAUUUCCCAAUGGAGCACAGUUUGCAAGAAUUUCAGAAAAAGGAGGAGUGGACUAUUAAGUGCCGGAGUAUGAUCCAAAAAAACAUACGAGAAGAUCCCUGGAACUUGCCAAACUCCAUCAAAACCCUAGUAGAGAGCAUUCAGAAAUAUGUUGAAGAUGGAAAGAAUCAGCUUCUUUUGGCCUUACUGAAAUGCACAGAUACAGAGCUGCAAGUCCGUCGGGAUGUCAUUUUCUGUCAGACACUGGUGGCUGCUAUUUGCACCUUCACGGAGCAGCUGAUGGCGGCGCUGAACUACCGAUAUAACAAUAACGGCGAAUAUGAGGAAAACAGCCGGGACGCCAGCCGGAAAUGGCUGGAGCAGAUAGCAGUCACUGGCGUCUUACUCAACUACCAAUCACUUCUCUCCCCCAGUGUGAAGGAGGAACGGAUCAUGCUGGAGGAUAUCAAGGUCACGCUCUUAGAACUGGACAAAGUGGUCUUUUAUUUUAAGCAGAUGGAUGAAACGCUGGUAGCAAAUACGCCAGUUUUCCAUCACAUUGAAGGAAAUCGACAGUCACUGAAGGUCAUAUUUUACCUCGAUAACUACCACUUCUCGAAGCUGCCAACCAGGUUCGAGCACGGCGGGAGUCUGAAGCUCCAGUCUAUUCUGUUUACAAAAGCUCUGGAAAACCUUGAAGGCCACGUCCAGCCGGGCACCAAUGAGUCGCUGGAGGAGAUCCAACAGCAAAUCAACAGCAUUUCCAUGGAGAAGGUGCAGAGUUACUACCGCAAACUCAGAGCAUUUUACCUUGAAAAGUCCACAGAUUCCAAUACCACUGCUAUUAAAAUUGACCAGCUGAUCCGGCCCAUGAAUGCCCUUGAUGAACUCUGCAGGCUAAUGAAAUCCUAUAUCAGUACCAAGCCCCUACAGUCGGGAUGUUCCACCAGUCAUGCACAUGGGGUGGGUCUCUUACCCAUCUCCUCGGAGCUCUGUUAUCGGUUGGGUGCCUGCCAGAUUGUAAUGUGUGGGACGGGGAUGCAAAGGAGCACACUGAGCGUCUCACUUGAGCAAGCUGCAAUCCUUGGGCGAAGUCACGGGCUGAUUCCUAAGUGUAUUAUGCAGGCGACAGACAUUAUGAGAAAACAGGGUCCACGUGUAGAAAUCUCUGCUAAGAAUUUAAAAGUCAUGGAUCAGAUGCCACAGACAGCACCUCGGAUCUACAGGUUAUGCCAGCCGCCGGUGGAUGGAGACUUGUGAGCCGGAAGGAGUAUCAGUUACUAGAAUACAUGCCGGUGGAGAUGAAGGGACUCCUCGGAGCCGCAGAGGCCGAUGCUGGUGCCUUCCCAGCUCCUUAUCUCAGAAGCUUGGAUCCAGUUUGAAGCUGAACAGACUCUUUGCUUGUCGAUAAGCUUGCCCCUCGGCCCCUGGCACUGACAAGACUGAAUAAUCUCUGCUUUGGGACAGUGAUGCUGCCAGGCCCUGUGGGCAGCGCUAGGAGCCAGUGAAGGACCCCCGCAGGCAUUAAAGCUUUGGGCCGAGGAGGAUUAAAGAGACUCGAGUAGCAGAGAGACUGCCGUUCCGAUGUUUAUCUCCCACUCCUGUCAGCCCAGCUACCUGCACUUUGUACCCAGCAACAGCACAGCCGCCUUCUCCUCCUUCUCUUUUUAACCUAUUUAUUUUAAACCUUCUUCCAAUCAGCACCAAUCAUUGUUCUUUUAUACCCUGGGUUUUAUGUCUGUAUAGUGUCCCCCCCCCAUGUCCAGUCUUAUCUAAUCAGGAACUCACGUUUUAUCAGUGUUUUAUACCGUGAAAAUGUACUUUUUUUUUAUUUUAAAUUAAAUUCAGAUUAAAUAAUUAACACAAAGGAA